AUGGCUACUCGGGGAAAAUUUGCUCGAGUGUGUGUGGAAAUGGAUUUGAGCAGGCCCCUGAAACCCAGAUUCUUACUUGAGGGCAACUGUUACACCAUUGAGUAUGAAUCCCUCCAUUCCUUUUGCUUCUUAUGUGGACAAGUAGACCAUCGAAAAGAAGCAUGCAGAUUCAAGACCAACAAUGCUCCACCGGAGGGGAAAAAUCCAGCCACUACAUCAGAAACUAACGGCUACCUGCAACAAGAGGUAGAUAAUGCAGAGGCUUUUGGCCCAUGGAUGUUAGUUACUAAAAGAAAUAGAAGGCCAGUCCAUAACAAAAGGGCCCAAGACCCUCAUGACCCAACCUAUCGAAAUAAAUUUAAAAGCCUCGAAGAGGGCCCAGAUGGCCAAGCCAGCCACCACAGGAGAAAGAAAAAUAUCCCAGUAGGUCAUGACAUCGCCCAACAAGAGCCCAACAUACAUAUCGGAUCAAACCAACCCAAUGAACCUAAAGGCAAAGGCAAAGGCAAAGGUAGGGCACACCAUCUCCCUUCCACAGAUUCAGAUAACCAUAAUACAAUUCAGAGACAAUCCAGCUGGAAGCUAUCUGAGAAAGGUACAUCAUCACACCAUAGAGAUCAGACUGCAAUAGCUACUGAAUUGAUUCCUUCAGUAGUGUACACUCAACCCCCGAAUGACCUAACUAUGGUUGAUAUUAACCUACCCCAGUCAACUAGGGUGCUCUCACCUCUUAUCAACACACCAGCUCUCAAUCCCUCCGUUCCCUCAUCUCACAACAGAGAGCCACCUGAUCCAGGAGAUCCUAUCCAUGGCGACGGAAGGCAGCCCGACUGCAGAUUACCGACAAAUGAAAGCGGUAAAGCACCUCAACCAGACCAGCUCUCUGAACCUAUUGUUAGAUCCAGAGACAGAAGCAACUCACCUCGUCACUUUCGUAUGGUAGAUCGAACAAAUAUGAAUGACAGCAGAGCUAAGCUGGGAGGACAGGAAACUGAAGCCUUUCCACUCGUUUCAAAUGGCCUCCAUGAGGGCAGAGGCAGACGACCGUCGGAGGAUCCGCAGCAUCAUUAA